AUGAAGACUGGACUGUCAGUUGGUACUCUCGUAGAGACAACCCACUCUCAGCGCAAUCCUCUCUCGAGUAGUAAAGAUGGGCGCCAGGUGCGGAUAAAGGGAUUUGCUCCCACUCUCAGUGUUAUCACGUCAAAGCAACGGCCGCGUAAGCUCAUGGUUUUGGGUAGCGACGGCCAAACGUAUAACUACCUACUCAAGGGUCAUGAAGAUUUGCGGCAAGAUGAGCGUGUCAUGCAGUUGUUUGCGCUGGUCAACACACUGCUGGUGUCUGACCCCGAGACCUUCAAGAGUCGCCUCAACAUCUCGCGCUACCAUGUCAUACCUCUCAGCCCCAAAUCAGGUUUGAUUGGAUGGGUACCCCACUGCGAUACGCUACACGCACUGAUCAAGGACUACCGCGAGAGCAGGAAGAUCCUUCUAAAUUUAGAACACCGGAUUAUGCUGCAGAUGGCGCCCGACUACGACCAUCUCACUGUGCCACAGAAGGCUGAGGUCUUCAACCACGCACUGGAAACGACUACGGGCCAGGACUUGUACAAGGUAUGA